UUCCAGAUCAAAUACAAGUUUUAUUUCUGAUUUACUGAUUGGAUGUAACACAGCUCCUCAUCUCAGCCUGUUCGGUUCAUUAUUGCAAUGCGACACAGAUGUUCACAUUCUGUAGCUGCACAAAAGCCUGGCCGGCUGGACAUUAGAAUAAUCUUAAUCAUGGCUACAAUUUUAUGUACGUGUUUUUUCUUGCCGAUAAGAUGACAGAAUAGCACCGACUGAGUAAACUGAGAAAAAAACUCAGUUCUACUGACAUGAGGGCAUUGCCUAUUGCGUGUGUAUCAGCGCACCUAUGAGAGUCCUUCUUGCUUGAUCCAGUCCGAUUUUCCAUUUGGCAAACAGACCGCUGGAUUUCUACGAUACUACACAGAGGGCUUGGCAUCGCGGGACUGUUAACUGAUCUAGUCUUAAAGAUAUCACAAGGAUACGUGCAAAUUAUGGUUUUAUUCAAUUAAAUAUUUCUAACUUGCAUUAUUUCGGUUUCUGCGAUGUUCAAGAAAUUUACCUAGACCUUCGAUUUAUGUCUUGAGACGCAGACAACGGAACGGAAGCUCCAUGGGUAAUUGAUGAUGUCUUUAAGCAGCUUCAAAGCAAUUAUGAAGACUGAAACUGAAUCUUAAAAUCCUACCUCAAACCUUUUGCCCAGUGACUUGAACUGAGAUGGUGAGUGGGCAAUCCUGUUUUCCACCCUAUGCUAUGGAUGCUCCAGUGUUGACCAGAGGGUUCUUUGCUCUGUUGAUCCUGGCCAUUCAAUUGCCACCUGAAUCAACAGCCAGCUCCCUCAACUGCCACAAAACCUGCGUGUGCGCCAGCAACAUUGUCAGCUGCUCCAGGAUGAACCUGACCAGCGUUCCACUGGCCUUGCCCCGCUAUGCCGCGGUGUUAGACCUCAGCUUCAACAACAUUAGCCACCUGAGAGCCGAAUGGACCCCCAUCAGGCUGAGCCGGCUGCAUAGCCUCCUGCUCAGCCACAACAGGCUCAUUUUCCUUUCGUCCGAGGCCUUCCACCACGUCACCAAGCUGCGCCACCUGGACCUGUCCUCUAACGGCCUGCGGAUACUGGAGGAGUUCAUCUUCGAACCCCUGGAAAGGCUUGAGGUGCUGCUGCUCUACAACAACCACAUUUCCCAGAUCGACCGCUCGGCCUUUGUGGGCCUCAUGAGUCUGCAGAAGCUUUACUUGAGUCGGAACCAGAUCCAGCGCUUCCCCCUGGAGCUAGUGAAGGAGAAGAGUCGCCUGGAGGCCCUCACCCUGCUGGACGUGUCCUCGAACAAGAUCAAAGUUCUGUCCAUCCAAGAGCUGCAGGUGCUGCCUGCCUGGAUUAAGAAUAGCCUGUACUUCCAUAACAACUCACUGCCUUGCAGCUGUGAGAUGUACACCAUGGUGGCGCUCUGGAACCUCCGCGAGUUCAGCUCUGUCGUUGACUACAGGGAUGAACACAUCUGUUUACUACCAGGCAAGGAGAAGUCGGCCAUCUUGGAUCUGAACAAGCAGCACCUAAACUGUAGCGCAGUAAAGAUCAUGGAUCAGAUCACUUACCUGGAGCAGUAUGUGGUGUUGGAUUGUGACACCAAACAGAAAGACAUGCAGAAGAGCUGGGACCUACCAAAGAAUGCUGAAGUGUCCUUUGAGAACCAAAGCGCUGUGUUGCUUCCUGAUGGCAAUCUGCGGAUCGGCCCCAUCCAGGUGAUGGACUCAGGGGUCUACACCUGUUACGCCGAGGGGGACUCCCAGAACGAGACCCUGUACGUAACAGUGAUGGUGCACAACUACACCAUGAUCCCAGGUCUGGAGGGCAUGAAGACAGCCUACACCACCCUGGCGGGCUGUCUGGCCAGUAUAGUGAUGGUGUUCAUCUACCUCUACCUCACUCCCUGCAACUGUGUGUGCUGCCCCGGUCAGGGCCUGUCCAAGAGCGCCCCCGGGGACAGCCACUCCUCCACCGUCAGUGUGACCCCCACCAACCAGGAGGCGGGGCUAGAUGGGGAUGAGGGGGGUGCUAAGGUGCCUUUUAACCGGCACAUGGCCUUUCUGGACCCCAAGCACCUGCUGGAGCAGAAUGGAAGGCUCAACCCCAUUGGGGAGGAGGAGGACGAGUGGCAUGAGGACAGGAGAGAGGGAGAGAGGAGGAGGUCGGAGGCCGAGUCCAUAAGCUCUGUGUGCUCCGACACGCCGAUGGUGGUGUGAGGAGACCUCGGGACGAUCCCCACCAUCCAUAAACUUCAAAAUACUCGGCCUUUUCUAUCAAGCAAAGAAUGACUGAUAGACAGACUAAACGAAUGACACGCUUCAUAUGCAUAUCAGUUUAGUAAGUCGAUUUAUUUUGAGGUAACUUUUACACUAACUGUCUUGCCACGAGGCUAACCAAAUGAGAAUCUGUUCUCUCCACCUUCUGUAGCAAUCUUUGUGUUCAAUGUCUUCAAACAUGUCAUGACUGUGCAUUCAAUAUGUUGUUUUGUGUAUGACACAGUUCAAGCCACAAAUCCAUAAUCAUCUAUCGAUUGACAUGUAGAUGGAAUAUACUGUCUCUGAAUCAUCGUAUCGGAAAUUACAUUGCUCCUGUACUUGCCGCUAGUAAGAUUGAAUCACUAAGCUAAAAAUACCCUCUAUCACUUAGUCACUUGUGUGAGGCUGGUGUGUUGGAAUUCAAGUUUGAUCUUGUGUGUGUGCCUGACAGCCGGAUAGGCCCAGAAGGAGACCAAUGAUUGUUGUAACUUGCUAAAGAGUACUUCUAGGCAUCAUUUUACAUUCCCAAAGCAAACAAACAAAUGCCAGUGGCCAAUCGUCUCAUAAACACUGUUAGAAAUAGUAGCUAGUGCCCGUCCAGCUAAUACCAUAGCCUGUCACAGCUGCUGAACAGACUGAGAUCACAGUCACACACUCUGUCCUGUUGUUGUUCACUUGUUGCAGACUGUAUAUCAAUAUGGCCACAGGCCACACAGGGUUUCACUCAAAGAAAUGUCAAGGCAAAGAGUAGACACAAGCUUUGGAAAAUAGCUUGACAUUAUACCCACAAUUAAACUUUGAUGUAACCUAACCGUUAAUUGAGGCUUUCAGGUUUCUAGUUUCAAGGAUAAUACUUACUCUGCAGCUAU